AUGGAGGAAAAUCGUGAUAAUGAACAAAGAGAUAGGCAUACGUUGGAAGAGUUUGCUUCAGUGUCUGUACCUUCAUCUUUCAAUAGUAUAGCCCGACCUGUGGUGAUUGCGACUAAUAUGGAAAUGAGGCCAUCAUUGAUUCACCUUGUUCAAAGUAACCCAUUUUCAGGAUUGUCACACGAAAAUCCCUACGAUCAUCUGACAACUUUUAAUGAAUAUUGCAAUAUGGUGAAAAUGUUGAAUGUGUCAGAUGAGGCAAUCAGACUUAGUCUCUUUCCCUUCUCUGUGGCUGGAGAUGCCAAGAAAUGGUUAAAUUCUUUUCCUGAGGAAAGUCUGACUAGUUGGGAUGACGUUGUGGCAAAGUUUUUACACAAAUAUUUUCCUCAAUCGAAGAUAAAUAAAGGCAAGCAGGAGAUAUCCUCUUUCCAACAGGAACCUGAAGAGACUUUGGGCAAGACAUGGGAUAGGUUCAAGGGGUUACUUAGAAAGACUCUCAUUCAUGGGUUUGACGUUCCCACUCAAUUAAACCUCUUCUUGGGAGGUUUAAAAUCUCACACAAAGUUAAUGUUAGAUGCGUCAGCAGGAGGGAACAUUAGGUUGAAGACACCUGAUGAAGCCCAUGAGAUUAUUGAAAACAUGGCAUCCAGUGACAAUGACGUUCCAAGUGAGAGAGGGCAAAACCAAAAGAGGGGAAUGUUUGAGUUGCAAUCCCAAGAUGCCUUAUUAGCCCAAAACAAAAUUAUUACUCAACAGCUAGAGUCUCUGAUGAAAAAGGUUUCACAACUACAACUUCAAAAUGUAUCACAGGCACAACAUACUGUGCAAGGUUGUGAACUGUGUGGUGGAGAGCAUCAAAAUGGACAGUGUGCUAUCCUAACCAAUGCAAAGGAAGAGGUAAAUUAUAUGGGAAAUCAAGGCCGUCAAGGAAAUUAUGGAAAUUAUAAUCAAGGAUGGAGUCCUCAUCCUAGCAUGGGUCAGGCUAGUUCAGGUAGACCACCACCUCCACAGUUUCAACAACAACCUACUAUUUCUGAUAGGACAUCAAAACUAGAAGAAACUCUUCAACAAUUCAUGCAGAUGUCCUUAUCAAAUCAAGAGAGCACAAAUGCUUCUAUAAGGAAUUUAGAAGUUCAAAUGGGUCAGUUGGCCAAUAAAUUAGAAGAGAAGCCUGUGAAUACAUUUAGAGCUAACACUGAACCAAAUCCAAUAGAGCAUUGCAAAGCUAUAACUACAAGGAGUGGUAAAGUGUUAGAAAGUGUAGUUGUGAGGAAGGAGGAUGAAAAUGAAAAAUCAAGUGAAGAGCAGGAAGCGAAAGAAGAGAAAAAGGAUAAGGAGAGUCAAAUGGGUCGGUUAAAGAAGAUAUUUAAUCAACUUGAGAUUUCUUUGCCCUUGACUGAAGCAUUGCAACAAAUCCCUACUUAUGUAAAAUAUGUGAAGAAAUUCCUCAGUAAAAAGAAGAAGUAUUUAGAUGAGGAAACAAUUGAAGUGCAGGGAAAUUGUAGUGCAAUUAUGCAGAAAUCUUUACCUCCAAAAGUCAAAGAUCCAGGGAGUUUCACUAUUCCCUGCACAAUUGGAAAUCAUAAUAUAGGGAAGGCUCUUGUUGACUUAGGGGCUAGCAUCAAUUUGAUGCCCCUAUCUAUGCUAAAAAAGAUUGGUAACCUUGAAGUCAAGUCAACAAGAAUGAUAUUGCAAAUGGCAAAUAGGUCCAUUAAGCAUCCCUACGGUGUAGUGGAAGAUGUGGUGAUUAAAGUUGAUAAACUAAAAUUCCCUGUUGAUUUUGUAGUAAUGGAAAUGGAGGAGGCUGUUAAUAUACCUCUCAUUCUUGGAAGACCUUUAAUGAAGACAACUAAGGUUGUCAUUCAUGUUGAUGAUGGAACUGUUAAAUUAAAAGACCAAGAUGAAGAGGUGACAUUCAAUGUCUUUGAAGAUGUGAAGCAAAGUCAAGAGGAAAAGACUAGUUACAAAGUGAAGGAUGAAGUUUUAGCAGUGACUAGUCUUCCAAGGCAAGUUGUCAAGUUAGCCAAAAAGAACCUAAAUUGUUUCAAUCCAAAAGUGAAGGAAAGAGAUGAAGAUAAGGAGGAGCAAAGAGUUCACCAAGAAUCUGAUGUGAAAAAUGAUGAACUCAAACCUGGCAAACCUGUCAGUCAUAAGAACAGGUUAUGGGUCAUCAAGGACAUAAAGGCAAAUGGAGUUCUUGAAAUUGAGGCUCCAUAUUCAAGAAGAAUUAAGUUGGUGACAAGAAAGUUACUCAGAAAAUGUUGGUGUCAUGAAAGGAAGAAGCACACCAACAUCAAUAAUCCAACUUAA